ACUAAUUUUCAGUCCUCUGUAGACGAAGAAAGCGACAGACAUCCAGUAUAGAACAUUACAAAGUGUGGACUUACAAUACAUUUUCACCUCUGGGUGAGCGCGAGACCGCUGUCAGCGUCGGAAACGCAACAUAUUUUGAGCAGAAAAGCGACCAUAUUGAGGUCAAAAGAAAGCGUUGCCAGGGAGACCAGCUUGCUGGAGAGGACACUGCGGUGCGCGUCGGCGGGGGUGACAAGCGUGCCGGCGUGCUAGCGAGGUUGCGCACGUGCGCGCGUCUGCGACGGCCAGCUGAGGCGGUCGUGGCAUCCUCAUAGCAGCAGCAGCGGCAACAGCAGCAUUUUCUCACAAGACUGCCCGGAGCACCGCGCGCGCUGUGUCCACCUUUAGGGAGGCUCGCACCGUGACUUCAGUCGGUGCUCGGCGGUGUCAGCUUCUCAUACAGGGAAUUUACUCUGGAUUUAUCGACGACGACUCAAAAAGAGUGAGAGAGGAAGAGAGAAAAAAAAAACGCUCAAGAACUGAGUAGCCCACAUAGCUGAGACCUCUGACAGCACAGGUGAUACUUCCCGGCUAUUAAAGAAGACACGCGCCAGGGUAAUGACGGGGUUGUUUUUUGUUGUUGAACAGCCUCGUUGUAACAAAAAGAAACACUCUUCAUACCAACCUGUCUGCUUCAAAAUUAAUUAAUUUAUUGCUUUGUGGGAAAGAGACCGAGCCGAGCAGAGCCGUGCUUCCCUGCUCGGAUGGGGAAUCAUUUUGUCCCGAGCUGUUCGUGGUGUUAAAGCUUUUUGGUCUCCACUAUCUUAUCGUCCCCUCCCCUCCCAAGUCAUGAAGUCCCACCUGCCGGCCUGACUGGAUUGAGUCAGGUAGUUCUGUCAACGGGGUAUAUAUAAAAAGGAAAAAAAUUAUAUAUAUACUCUAUUUAUAUUUUUUUUUUCUUUUAAAAUCAAGCACUUUUCUUCUUGCUUGACUUUUCCCACCGCCCUCCCUCGCACCGGCGGUGGGUUAGCGAAGAGGACAAGUAGAAGGGCAAAAAUCUCAGGAAGAGGACCUCAGUGGGAAUCUGGCACCUUAUCAACACCAUCACAAAUGAACAGGAUUCAUCAUCAGUCCAAUUAUCUGGAUAAUAGAAGAAGAAAAGGUAUGGAACGCAACAGAACCAUGGCAGGAGAAAUGUUUUGGAUCUCCAUUACUCAGAAUCAGCACUGACUUGGCAUCCAAACCAAGACCCAACCCCUUUUUCAGCCCCCCAACCACCCUUCUUUCCCCAGCAGUUGGGUUGCCCUUCAUCAUUGGUUCUCUCCACACUCCUGGUCUCGAUCGAAUCGACAAGGGAGGGUCCACCUGCUUUGGUUUUUUCCUUGUUAUGCUUCACCAACUUUGUUGUUAUUUAUAAUCCAUAUAGCCCCAGAUAAAGCAGACUGAGAGCAGGUGGCUAAACAGUAUGAUUCCAGCCAUGCUCCCUCUUCCACUAACUCUAAAGAAACAAAGUCGACAGGGUUUGUUGUCCAGGACACGCCCCUUUAGUCUAAUGACAGACUUGUGCUUCAUGAGCAUGCUAGGCCUCAUCCUGCUCUUCAGUCUGGCCUCAUGCCAAAGGAUGGAUCCUUCUAAGCACCCCAUAGUCGCCACUAACUAUGGCAAGCUCAGAGGCAUCAAGAAAGACUUGAACAAUGAGAUUCUAGGCCCCGUGGAGCAGUACCUAGGAGUACCCUACGCCACAGCACCCAUUGGUGAUCGCCGAUUUCAGCCACCUGAAGCUCCAGGGUCCUGGCAAGAGAUCCGUAACGCCACCCAAUUUGCCCCUGUGUGCCCUCAAAAUGUCCACGGUGUGCUACCAGAGAUCAUGCUCCCUGUUUGGUACACAGACAACUUGGAUGUGGCAGCGGGAUAUGUCCAGAACCAGAGCGAGGACUGCCUGUACCUUAAUAUCUACGUGCCAACAGAGGAUGGUCCGCUCACAAAAAAAACUGAUGAAUCUUCAAUGAACAAGCCUCGAGAUGAAGAUAUCCGUGACCGCAGGAAGAAGCCCGUGAUGCUGUUUAUUCAUGGAGGCUCCUACAUGGAAGGCACUGGAAACAUGUUUGAUGCGAGCGUGCUUGCCGCCUAUGGCAACGUGAUUGUGGUGACCAUGAACUACCGGCUGGGUGUGCUUGGGUUUCUCAGUACCGGAGAUCAGUCGGCUAAGGGGAACUAUGGCCUGCUGGACCAGAUCCAGGCCCUGCGCUGGCUCAAUGAGAACAUCGGCCACUUUGGUGGAGACCCAGAGAGGAUCACCAUCUUCGGCUCUGGAGCAGGGGCCUCCUGCGUGAACCUCCUCAUCCUCUCGCACCACUCAGAGGGUCUGUUCCACAGGGCCAUAGCUCAGAGUGGCACUGCCAUCUCUAGCUGGUCUGUCAACUACCAGCCCCUUAAGUACACCAAGAUCCUGGCCAGGAAGGUGGGUUGCACCUACACAGAGACAGCAGACCUAGUUGAUUGCCUGAGGCGCAAGACCUUCAGGGAGCUGGUGGACCAGGACAUCCAGCCAGCACGCUACCACAUUGCCUUUGGCCCCGUGGUGGACGGAGACGUGGUGCCCGACGAUCCUGAGAUUCUCAUGCAGCAGGGGGAGUUCCUCAACUAUGACAUCCUGAUUGGAGUGAAUCAAGGAGAAGGGCUGAAGUUUGUAGACGACAGUGAGGACAAUGACGGCAUCUCCGCUGCAGCCUUCGAUUACACCAUCUCUAACUUUGUUGACAACCUCUACGGAUAUCCUGAGGGCAAAGACAUCCUGAGGGAGACCAUUAAAUUUAUGUACACAGAUUGGGCAGACAGAGACAAUGGCGACAUGCGGAGGAAGACUCUGUUAGCAUUGUUUACGGACCACCAGUGGGUGGCACCAGCCAUCGCCACUGCCAAACUCCACGCUGAAUUUCAGUCCCCGGUUUAUUUUUACACAUUCUACCACCACUGCCAGACAGAGACGCGACCCGAGUGGGCCGACGCUGCCCAUGGAGAUGAGAUACCUUACGUGUUUGGCGUGCCCAUGAUCGGCGCCACAGACCUGUUUCCAUGCAACUUCUCGAAGAAUGAUGUGAUGUUGAGUGCCGUGGUCAUGACUUACUGGACCAACUUUGCCAAGACGGGUGACCCAAACCUGCCGGUUCCUCAGGACACAAAGUUCAUUCACACCAAGCCCAACCGUUUCGAAGAGGUCAUCUGGACCAAGUUCAAUUCAAAGGACAAGCAAUACCUCCACAUCGGCCUAAAACCUCGUGUUAGAGACAACUACAGGGCAAACAAGGUGGCUUUCUGGCUAGAAUUAGUCCCUCAUCUUCAUAGUCUUCAUGAAGUCUUCCCCACCACUACCCGCUCACCGGCAGGACCUGGCCCAGGCACAAUCAGACCCUGGCCCAGAACUCCAGGCCCUCGCACCACCCGACACCCCUACCCAACCUUCCCCUCUGAAACUGAACCUGAGGGCUCAGAGCGUCCACACCAGAACCUCUUUCCAGGAGACACCCGUGACUACUCCACUGAGCUAAGUGUGACAGUUGCUGUGGGGGCCUCACUGCUCUUCCUCAACAUCUUGGCAUUUGCUGCCCUUUACUACAAGCGUGACAAGCGACAUGAGAUGCGAAGGCACCGGCUAUCUCCUCAGCGGGGCGGCCCUGCCAACGACCUGGCUCACAGCCAGGAGGAGGAGAUCAUGUCCCUGCAGAUGAAGCACUCUGAACACGAUGCCCACCACGACAUGGAGCCCCUCCGGCCACACGACAUUCUACGGCCCGCCUGCCCACCUGACUACACGCUGGCCCUGCGCCGUGCCCCCGACGAUGUGCCACUGAUGACGCCGAACACCAUCACUAUGAUCCCCAGUACCAUCACUAGCAUGCAGCCUCUUCAUGCCUUUAACACUUUCCCCUCCACCGGCCACAACAACACCCUGCCCCAUCCCCACUCCACAACCAGGGUAUAGUACGGACUGGACCAACAUUGUGUCACCUAGGGACCAGAAAUACUGGCUCUGCUACUGAUAUAGAAGAGAAGCCUCUGGAUGCGGGGGCUUUCAUCUGUUCUCUUAUUCUCUUGUUUCUCCAAAAGCAACUCCACCUUCUCUAUCAUGUGCUGUACAGCUCAGCAGCUCCCUCUGCUGGUGGCAUGUGGAGAAAUAAGGGAACUGCACUGGAGAGGAUGAUUCGUUUUGGAGUGACUUGGAUCUUUCAAAGAUACUGUUUUCAACAAGGGUCGGCAGUUUCCAGGCUAAAAACUUGAUAAAGGGACAAAUCUUUUUGCCCCUUGUUGUUUUAUCUUUUUUACUUUGAUGUCAUCUCUUUUGUGUCUCUCGGUGUGUUUUGUGCACAUUUCUUUCUCUUUUCUACAUCUGUGUCUUAUUGCUGCUUUGUUCCUCUCAUUUGACAUGUAGUUCUCUUCAUCUACACAAUGCUCCUUCACUCUAAGGAGUCACAAUGUACUGAGCUAGAGAGGGUAAAGCAUACACACAGGAGGCAUAUAGCUAUGAAAACACAUACCUAAUAUUUCAUUCUACCAGCAUUCUUGGUGCCAAGUAUGUACUACUGUGUUUGCAUUUUCAUCAAGGGAGAAAAAAAACUAAAGAAAAUCCUGAAGUAUUCCUAUUUACUGUCAACCAGCAGAAGCUGUGUGUUCUCAUGACAAAGUGCCAAACUGGCCCCCGAUUGUGUUUUUCUUUUUCAUCUUUUUUUCAAGCAUUUAAUUGUUGUUUUAUGUGGAAAGAAUUUCUGCUGAAAAUAUAGAUAUAGAGAAAUGAUAUUAUAUAUAGUUCUAUAUAAAUGUGUACAAAGGAGAAAGUAUAUCAAUGGGUUUUCUCAGUGGGGAUCUAUGCAUGAAUUAUUUUUUUGGAAGAUGAAGAUAAGGGAAAGGACACCGAAUCUGUCAAUGCACGUUUCCCAAAUCUAAUCAAAUCAUACCGGGUCCACUCUGAAUAUUUUGGGAUUUUCCUCUCACGCAUUAAGAGCUUCACAGAAAUUCUGCAACACACAUAGGUACUUUCCUAUGGCCAUUGCCACAAAUCACAAAAGACACUACAGCAACAACUCUGACACACACUGUUCCUUUCCAGUCUCACCUUUAUGAUGUUAUUUAGACAUAUAUCUCUAUCCAGUAGGCCCAUCAUCCAUCAGCUGUAUCACAACUGCUUGUACACAAUUAUUUUUGUACUUCAGUGAGACAAAACAGAAAAAGGCAGCCUCGGCUCCUUUACGUGUACCAUCCUUCCCCCGUCUGCCAGCCUAUUUCAUUCCUUAUUUUGCUUGAUGUGUGCCUCUAAGAAAGUGUGUGUAUGUUAAUGUAUGUGUAAGAUAACACGCUUGUUUUACAUAAAAAAAAACAAAACAAAACAUGGGCUCUAAUUAAGCAACAAUGAGAUAGAGAAGCAGACAGCUACUCACCCGAACACACCUCAUAGUUUCAUCCUUACUUAUUCUACCCUCCCUGUGUUCACUACCGGAGACUGCAUAAUAUUUGCAUAUCGUCCAUAUCUUCCUUUUGUAAUCAUAAAAAUCCAAAACACCUGAUACUUCCAUACCCCAGUUCAGCCCUGCUAACUGUUAGCGUCACUUGCCGAACUGAAGAUGUAUUUUGUGAGCUCAUUGGUUAUUAAUUAAACUCUAAGCACACUGAGGGGCCUUCACAUCCUCUGUUUCAGAGCUGCAAGAUAAAAAAAAAUAGGUUGUAAUCUCAACAGCAUUGGAGCAAUGCAGUUUUUUAGUUUAGUUUCUGAUUGUACUUCUUUCAAUCAAGUAGAAAUAUAUAGUUCUAUGGCCUAGCAAUGCCCCCUCUGCUCCUCAGAUAAAGAUGUCAAACAUGGCCCUAAGAUACAGUAUGUUAACCGAACUGUUGUUUUAGCCCACAGGAACACAAGGUAGCUUACAUCCAGUGUGGGUGAGGUUAGUCACAGUUGCUGUCUUUGCUUGUGCUUUAGCUUUAGCCUGUUUGAUUGUUUGUUUUCUAUUUUAUUACUGCCUAAAGGGGUGUUGUAGGGGAGGGGGGACUGGAAAGGGAAUUUUAUACCUGGCUGCUCCUGUCAGAAAUGUUGCAACCCCACUGAAAGGGAAAUGUGCACAAUGUAAAUCUCAAAACACCAGACGUGGGUAAGCUGGAGUUGGAUAAAUACUUUGGAACAGGGUGAUGGACAGCAGUGCAAGAAGGGACAUGCCAUGGGGUAGAAUUUGGGACAAGAUUGGAAAAAGACUCACAGCCUUAAAUGCAGAAUAAGAAGAAGGAAGACACUGAUCAUAAGAAAAUAAAUACAUUUAAAAACAUGGCUGACUUUCUACCCACGACAUAUGGCAGAGGAAUACCUUGCUAAUCUGUCUACAGGGAACCAGAAUGUCCAUAUGAACCCUUUUGUACUCACUCCUGUGGACAAGGAGGCAGUAAGAGGUUGUAAAAACAAACCUCUCCACAACACAGCUACAAUCUCUGGAGGUGAGAACAGAAAUGAGGUAUUAAGCCUGGGUCUGUUCCCCCUCAUGGGCUCUUUUACAAACCAACACUGGAGGGCGCUAUUGUGUCAGAUUUAAUGCAGUCAGUCUGCUCUGAUAAAGCUGGACAUGAGGAAGAAAACAACUGAUGAAGGAACAGAGACACAACAUCUGGAUAUGGAUCAAAACUGUAUAUUUUCAAAUGUAAGAAACAGACAAAAUAUUUGUAAAUAUUAAGUUUCUUGUUUUGUUUUUUUGUUUGUUUUUCUUUUUUUUUUGGAGUGAAUGAAUGAAACUAUAUUUUGUGACAACAAAGGACAACAGGUGCAGUUUGCAAAGAAAUGGCCUCUUGAUUGCAGUUUUAAAUUAAUCUUGACAUCUUAACAGUUUCCAUCAUUAGAAAAAGAUGUUUUUUCAUUUCAUUUUAUUUUAGCUUUCAAGGUAUAAUGUUGCCCAUAGUUAUGUGGGCAUCCUGUAGCAUCAAGACACCUGAUCAGGAAAAUCACUGUAGCAGAACUUCACUGAAGCCCCUUAAAUCAGAGGGCCUAAGAUACUACAGUUAGCAUUGCUAGCUUCUAAAUAUCAUUACAUUUUGAUUUUUUUUUAAUAUUGUUUAACUCUGUGAGUUUAUUACUCUGCAAAUCAAACUAUUUUGCAUCAUUUUCCCUUUUUGCAACUUUUUGCGAGCUUUAUAAAAAUGCUUUGUGAUCCACGUUCAUUUCUAAUGAAUUUGUGCUGCGUGAUGAGUGUAAAUUUAGUCUCAGUAGCUUAGUGUGCUCAUAAAAACCAGCUUUGCAUUUCAGUGAUUGCUCGUCUAGAGUCUAACCCUGAACUGAGAUAUCAAACACAAGUGCAGCCAAACAAAUGUUAGUUCACUUAACAAGUAGCAGCAUUUACAUGUAGCCACAAGAUGACAUGUGGGGCAGACGUGAGGGCUCUGUUACCAUAAGAUGCCUCAUUUCCUCAUACAGUAAUGAGAUCACAGAGAUGGUCAAACUUUCUGAUUCCAGUCACUGUGCUGAACUGUCAUGGAGGUUGUGUUUCUUGCAGUGGUGUGAUGUAGCAGGAAAUGGUUUAAUUGGGACGGACCAGUUCAGUAGCCUACUGUAAAGUAUUCAAGUGCAUUAGUCUGGAUGUAUUUGAACAAAUCUUAGCAAGAAACCAGAUUAAAGUUUGAAUAUUUCAACACACUCAUCCUCUCUAUUCAGCCAAACUAUGAUAUAAGGUCUCUGACUUUAGAGACCAUUUAUCAGUGCAGGUGUCUCUGAAAGCACAUCGUUAACACUCCACAAUGGGAAACACACACAAUGACAUGGACCCAAUCAACCACCUAAACCUUCAGCUUGGUCUCAACUGUAAAUCUGCACCUGUUGUCUUUUUUUUAGAUUCUAUGUUGAAUUCAGAAACCCAAGACUUCAGAUAAAGAAAACUGUUAAAUAAUGGGAUUUAAAAAAUUUAUGAUUAUUAAAAAGUAAAGUAAAAAUCCUAUAAAUAAAUGAGGUGAUGAUAUUUCUGUUACUUUAGAAGUUAUUAUACACUGUAUGCUGUGAUUCUGAUCUGGGAAACAUUAAAGACAUUCAUAACCAGA